GGACAGGCUGGCUUCCGGAUUUGGCGGGGCCUUUGUCUCCGACUGCAGCCGGAGCGCCCGCUCUUCUCUUCAGUGCUGCGUCCUCUGCUCCUGGAGGCGCGGCCUCCGUGGCCCGGUUACCCGCAGGUACUGGGAGAUGCACAGCUAAGACGCCGGGAACCCCUGAAGCCUAGAAAUGGGACCACUGACAUUUAGGGAUGUGGCCAUAGAAUUCUCUCUAGAGGAAUGGCAAUGCCUGGACACUGCACAACGGAAUUUAUAUAGGAAAGUGAUGUUUGAGAACUACAGAAAUCUGGCCUUCCUGGGUAUUGCUGUCUCUAAGCCUCACCUGAUAACCUGUUUGGAGCAAGGAAAAGAGCCCUGGAAUAGGAAAAGACAGGAGAUGGUAGCCGAACCCCCAGUUAUGUGUUCUCAUUUUGCUGAAGACCUUUGGCCAGAGCACAGAAUAAAAGAUUCUUUCCAAAAAAUGAUACUGAGAGGAUAUGGAAAAUGUGGACAUGAGAAUUUACAAUUAAGAAUAAGCUGUAAAAGUGUGGAUGAGUGUAAGGUGUACAAAGGAGGUUAUAAUGAACUUAACCGAUGUUUGACAACUACCCAGAGCAAAAUAUUUCAAUGUGAUAAAUACAUGAAAGUCUUUCAUAAAUUUUCAAAUUCAAAUAGUCGUAAGAUAAAUACUGGAAAGAAAUUUUUCAAAUGUAAAGAAUGUGGCAAAUCAUUUUAUAUGCUUUCACACCUAAAACAACAUGUAAGAAUUCACACUAGAGAGAAUUCCUACAAAUGUGAGGAAUGUGGCAAAGUUCUUAACUGGUUCUCAGAGCUUAUUAAACAUAAGAGAAUUCAUAUGGGAGAGAAACCCUACCAAUGUGAAGAAUGUGGCAAAGCCUUUAACCAAUCCUCAACCCUUAUUAAACAUAAGAAAAUUCAUAUUGAAGAGAAACCCUACAAAUGUGAAGAAUGUGGCAAAGGCUUUAGUUUAUUCUCAAUCCUUAGUAAACAUAAGAUAAUUCAUACUGGAGACAAACCUUACAAAUGUGAUGAAUGUCACAAAACCUUUAACUGGUUUGCAACCCUUACUAACCAUAAGAGAAUUCAUACUGGAGAGAAACCCUUCAAAUGUGAAGAAUGUGGCAAAGAUUUUAACCAGUUUUCAAACCUUACUAAACAUAAGAAAAUUCAUACUGGAGAGAAACCCUACAAAUGUGAAGAAUGUGGGAAAGCUUUUAACCAGUUUGCAAACCUUACUAGACAUAAGAAAAUUCAUACUGGAGAGAAAUCCUACAAAUGUGAAGAAUGUGGCAAAGCUUUUAUACAAUCCUCAAACCUUACUGAACAUAUGAGAAUUCAUACUGGAGAGAAACCCUACAAAUGUGAAGAAUGUGGCAAAGCUUUUAAUGGGUGCUCCAGCCUUACUCGACAUAAAAGAAUUCAUACUAGAGAGAAUACCUAUAAAUGUGAAGAAUGUGGCAAAGGCUUUACUUUAUUUUCAACCCUUACUAACCAUAAGUUAAUUCAUACCGGAGAGAAAUCCUACAAAUGUGAUGAAUGUGGCAAUGUUUUUAACUGGCCCGCAACUCUUGCUAAUCAUAAGAGAAUUCAUGCUAGAGAGAAACCCUACAAAUGUGAAGAAUGCGGCAAAGCUUUUAACCGGUCUUCACACCUUACUAGACAUAAGAAAAUUCAUACUGGUGAGAAAUUCUACAAACCUGAAAGAUGUGACAAUGAUUUUGACAACACCUAAAACUUUUCUAAACAUAAAAGAAACCAUCCUGUUGAGAAACCCUAAAUAUGUGAAGAAUUUGACACAGCCUUCCAAUGAUUGUUACACUUGAUUGUAAGUAAGAUAAUUUAUACUAGAGAAAACUUUAUAAGUGUAAAGAAUGUGACAAAACUUAUUGCACAGGAAAGCAUUUUUGCUUGAGAAAGAUUAUACAAAUAGAAUGCGAAAAAGCCAUUGAUACCUGUUCACAUCUUACUCCAGCAUCAGAGAGUUCAUAUUUAAUAAAAGCAUUAUAAAUACAAUUACUGUCAACAGAUCUUUCAGAAAAUGUAACCCUUUAAAGUGAAGAAGCAUGUUAUUCUGAAGACAAACAUAACAAAUAUUAGGAGCAUAGGAGGUUUGUAGGACCUUUACUUGUAUCACAAAUCUUACUAUAUACACAUUUUGUACUAGAGGAAAACCCUGAAGCAGUUGCUCAAACUUUGUUCAACAUCAGGAAAUUUAAUGAAUUUGGAAAAACGUUUUAUUUCAAAGACUGCAGCUUAGAAAACAUCAGUUUAUAUUGAAAUGUGUUUUUGCAGAUGCAGCAAGUAUGAAAAAUAUUUAACCCAGAAUUGAGUCUAUGUAAAAUAUCUGAGAAUUCACAGUAGAAAUAACUAAGGCACUGACACUUUAGACAUUACACUAAAAGAGAGUGUUGAGUAUUUAAAAAAUCUAUAAGUUGCUAGAUUAUUUGUAAAUAAUUUUAAAAGGAGCAGAAGAUUCUUUGGAGAGUUAUACUCAAAGUAUACUUUUUCUUGAAAAAAUUACAGCUAAUUUGAAAAGUAAAUGAUGAAAUUCAACUCUUAUUCUUUAUCUUCAUUUAUUCACAUGUGAAAGCACGUGAUAAAUUGUUGCUUUGUCAAAUACAUGAGAGAUUCUCUUUUAUUAGAUGGGCAUUAUUAUUUUUUUCUGUGGAAAAAUAUGGGCAUUAAAAUGUAAGAUUUAUGAUGAAAAAGUGGAGAGACUUUUGUCAGUUUACUUAGUGAUGCAUGAGAUAGGUAGGUGUUCAGAGUAAUACUCUAUAUCAUAGUGAAGAAAAGGUUUUUUAAUUUUACUUAAGUGUAAUUAAAUUACUAGUGAAUCAUUCAACUAAUUGUACUUUUAUGCUAUAAAUGCAAAAGUUUUUAGAUUACGUGUAAACUUAAUUUUGUAAUUAAACAUUUCUUUAACA